AUGAGGAAUUGUUUCCCAGGUGAAUUCCCCAGGACUGUAGUUCAAGACUUCCUUCCUUAUCUCUAUUUUGAGAACGAAUCUUGCUGGACAGACUGUGUUGCAUUUUUUGCAGAGUUUGUGGGAAGCCCCCGUUUAUCAAAAAGUGAGAAGUUGAUGAUGGAGGACGUGUACAAUGCGAUGAGGCUGUUUAUUUAUGAUAUAAAUCCCACCAUAAAGAUGUAUGGAAUAAGAGGACUCAGCAAUGCAAUCCAUACUGUGCCCAAGCAGGUAAAAAAAUACAAGGAGUACAUCUUGAGAGUCUUCAUGCGCUCUUUGUCAGAUCCCUGCUAUUCCGACAUUAGGCGAGAGGCAAUAUCCGGGAUAUCAACAAUCCUAUCGUACGUCUCAUCCAUCCAAACCACCACCUCCAUCCAGUUGGCUCUGGUGAUCCAAACCUUUUUUGAUGAUGAGAAUUCCUGCACACGACAGAGUGCCCUCGAAAUCUUUGGUCAGCUAAGCCGAUUCUUUUAUUGGAGAAAAGCCACCUUCUCUCGGUUUGUUGAAAAGCAUCUGGCACCACUUCUAAUUCAUUUGCAUGAUCCUGAUCCUGAUGUAGUAAAGACAACCAAGGCUACACUUUGGAGAUGUGCACGAUUUAUUCAGUACAAGCCUAUACGCAAUCUGAUUUUGGAUUUCUUGCUCAAGGAGGAACAUACAGCUGAACAUACAACCAGCUUUCUCAAGGAAGUAUCCAGGUUACUGGUCCAGGAUCGCCCAGGAAAGCUCAGCAGGGCAUCAGCAACCCGGGCUGCAACAGCAUGUCACCUGAUUGGUCACCUUGCACAGCUAGAUCAACAGGAAGAAAAGAAAAAUCCGUAAGUGAUUGCCAUCCAUAAGCAUGAGCUCUGAGGCAGGACAACCUUUAGCAAGUAUUUUCCCCCAUGGCCACAAUACACCAAUGGGAAAAGCUGCCUUUGGUGACUUUCUUCUUCACAAGGGUCGACAGGACGGCUAGCUUUUGGAGAAAUCUGCA